ACUUUCUCGAUUUUACUUCCAAAUUCUUGCUAAAGCUCUGUGGUUUCGUGCGGUCUACGCUUUGUUUGAAGCUUCAACAACAAUUUCCUAAGACCGAAAUCAGAAAUUGAGGAGAUGUCUUUAGAAGGGACCAUGAGUGUAGUGGGGAGUGAGGUGAUGCCCUUGGAUUAUAGGAGCAUGGAUUUAGAGAGCAGUCCGUCUCCAACUAGUUCGGAGAGGACGGUGGAGGAGAGGAGGGAUGAAAGAGUAAUAGAGGAGGAGGAAGAUGAGAUCCCCUCGAACAUUUUGGAGGUUGGGAGUAGGGUAUAUGGGUGCUAUGACCCGGACUUAGAGGUAGUUGCUGAGGUGAGGGGGCCUGCCGGGGUGAAUGAGAGGGCAUGCUCAGCACCCCGAGACCAUUGGAUGCCCUUAUACGUCCAUUAUUUGAUUGCAGGGCUUAGGUUUCCUAUUCCAAAAUUACUGGUUGGGCUAUUAUUAGAUUACAGUAUAGGAAUAACCCAAUUGACCCCAAAUGCCAUAAGGGCUGGGGGUAGAGGGGAGAAGGGGUGCUACUACUUCGGCCCUCGGUCGUCCAGUAAAGGGAAUAGGAGUUUAUUCUCCUCUGGACUGUCAUCCAUCAAAGGAUGGAAAGAAAAAUUUUUCUUUAUGGAUGACACCGAGUGGAGUAGGGGGGAUGCCGAAGUAGAGCAAUUGUCUGCUUGGAAAGCUAAGAAGACCAAGCAGAACAAUUAUAAGUUGAAUAAGGAUGAGGUGGAGGAGGUUGAGAAGCUAGUGAGGGAGGAGGGAGACGUGGUAAAUAUCAUGUGCCUCACCAGUCCAGGGGCAAUAAAGGCUGCAGAGCUCUAUGGGCCAAGCUCAUUGAGCGAAGCUAAAAUGGACAGUUUUAUAAAUGCUGCUGGAGGACUGGCUAUCCCAAAGAAGCCAAGGAAGAAGUCAAAGACUUCAAUUGCGGCAGAAAAGGGGGUGGCAAAUAGGGAGAGACUGUCCAGCACCUCUGCCCGAGCUUUGGAGGUGCAGCCAAGGCCGGAGCCGGUGAUGGGGAGCAGUGAGGAGGCGAGCGAGGAGAGUUUGUUCGAGGCAACGAACACGAUCGGAGCUAAACGAUUCCUCAACGCCACGCUUCCUGAGGUGGAUAGGAGGCAAGCGAGGCAAGAGGCGAUGAGCCACUUGGGUGCCCGCGUUGUAAGGCACACCUUGGAGAGUGCGAGCUGGGUCAAUGCUCUUGCGCAGGAGUAUGUGGAGAGCAUAAGAGAUUGUGCCAGCUGGCAGAGGCAAUGUGAGGCCCUGCUAAAAGAAAAAGAGGAGUUGCAGAAGGAAAAGGAGGAGCUGCAGAAAAGGAACAAUGAUAUGCAGAGGAGACUGGACGAAGUGCUGCCAUCAAGGAGGAUUUUUGAAGAGAAACUUGAAGCUCAAGACAAGUAUAUAGAGAACAUGAAGAAAGGAGCAGCGGAGCUGAAGAAGAACGUGAAUCUACUGGUUCACAAUGGGAUGGAGGAGUACAUUGGCCGUUUCCUCAACUCCAGCGUCUUCGAGAACGUCAUCAACCUCUAUCGGCUGCCGACUGCGAUCGUGGCCUUCAUCGACUGUACAAAGAAGGUAAAGGCCCAGAACCCAAAGGUGGACGUGACGACAGUCACUUGUGGGGAACAAGAAGAAGGGGUGGAAGAGGAUGGUGAGAGCCUCUCUGCUGACUUCCGACCUCUGAUCAAGCUGAGGUGGGAAUGUGAUGCAGAGGGGCGUACUAUCUUCCCUCCAACCUUUGAUGCGGAGCUUGUGGUAGUGGAGGAAGAAGAAGAAGAAGAAGAAGCGGAAGGUGCUGGAGUGGAGAAUGAGGUAGAUCUGGCCGAAGUUCAACCUCCUGUAGCUCAUCCAGUCUCCUUUGAUGAAGUGCAGCAACUAGCUCCUCCUGAAGCGGAAGUGCUGCCUCUACCGGCUAAAGAUGAGCCACCUCCACCACCUUUUCUUGCUGAGGAGCAGCCUCCUCCGUCAGCAGAUUAGAUUAGGAUUUUAUUUUUGUGUGAUAGUUGUAAUGAACACUUUUGUACUUGAGAUCUUAUUACUUUAAAAAAUUUUGAAGUAUUUUUAAUAUCCAGUGUCUGAUGUCCAUUUAGUAUUUUUGAUAGUUGUUGUGUUUCAAGUGAGUCACUUCAUAUAAAAGGAAUGGACUUGA